AUGCAUGCACAUGCUGUAAAUACAAGGAGGUCCCUAUCCUUAGCAAAAAAUGAUAAAAUCAAGAUAAGGGUCAAAUGUGGAGGUGUUGUGGGCCAAUCUACUGAAACAGUUCAAUGUGGUGGGCCAUCAACUAGCAGUAAGGUAAAGUGCAAGGGACAAUCUACUGAAACAGUUGAAUGUGGUGGCCCAUCAACUAGAAGUAAAGUAAAGUGCAAGGACAAAAAUGUGAUUAGUAAAAAAGGAAAAUGUCCUUGGGCAGUCCAAAUCUCGAGGCCAGAUGAGAAUAAGGAUUGGUUGGUGAAAACAAGUAACCCUAAAAUUCCAAUCAAAGCUUCACACGAGGAGUUGUGUAAGAAGUUGGAGCUUGGUAUGUCAGUUCAAAAGGUUGGUAGGGCAAAGCAAAUGGCUAAAUGUGUGAUUAGUGGGGACUACCAACUUCAAUAUGGGUAUCUGAGGGAUUAUGCUUUGGAACUUCUAAACACUAAUCCUGGUUCAAUUGUUAGGAUAUAUGUGUAUUCUAAACCAUGCUUGUCGACUACUACAAGAACUUUUAGAAGAAUAUAUGUAUGUCUAGGUGCAUUGAAGUUGGGAUUCAAAACUGGGUUAAGGGAUUUCCUGGGAGUUGAUGGUACAUUCUUGAAAGGCCCAUAUCCUGGGCAUGUACUAACUGUUGUGGGUCUAGACUCAAAUAAUGGAAUAUACCAUGUAACAUAUGCAGUGGUAAAGGCUGAGACAACUAGUUCUUGGACCUGCUUCAUGAAACUGUUAGGAGAAGACUUGGAAUUGGGAGCAAAUUCAAAUUUUACCUUCAUUUCUGAUAGACAAAAGGGGAUAAUACCAGCAGUUGCAAAGGUAUUCCCCAAUGCAGAACAUGGGUUUUGUUUGAGGCAUAUUCAGGAGAAUUUGAAGAAACAAUGGAAAGGAAAAGAGUUGAGUGACUUGGUUUGGGAAUGUGGUAGAGCAACAACAUUAAAUCACUUUAAAUAUGUAAUGGAUGAGUUGAAGAAAAUGAAUGAUGAAGCUCAUGCUUGGUUGUGUAAGAUUCCUGCAGAGACAUGGUCUAAAUCUCACUUCAGUGGUAGGGCACACACUGAUUGUUUGUUGAAUAAUCUUUGUGAGGUAUUCAAUGCCAAGAUAGAGGAAGAGGAGAUUAAGACUCAAGCAGCAAAGUAUGUAGCUAAGUAUAAUGGGGCAGGAAAGUACCAAGUUGCAAGCACAUGGCAGGAUCAAUAUGUGGUGAACCUAAAUGAAAGAAGCUGCACUUGUAGGUUCUGGGAGAUUACAGGUUUUCCAUGUAGGCAUGUUGUUUCUGCUAUAUGGAACAAAAUUGAAAAUGGAGAAAAUGCCCCUGAUGUUGAGGAUUGGGUCCAUCCUUGCUAUAAGUUAUCAACAUGCAGAGCCAUGUAUCUGAACAAAACUGAUCCAAUAAAUGGUCGUUCAAUGUGGCCAAAAAGUGAUUGUCCAUUCACGUUAACUCCACCAAAACAUCACACACAGGUUGGGAGGCCAAAAAAGAAGAGAAGGAGAGGUGUUGAUGAGCCCAACAACCAAACCACUAAAUUGAGCAGGAAAUUUCUUGCAGUCACUUGUUCAAAGUGUCAUAACAAGGGGCACAAUUCCAGAACAUGUAAAGGGCAGGGAGGCAUUGGUGAAGUUGGAUCAAAGGGGAAGACACAGGGAAAAGGGAAGACACGGGCAAAGGGGAAGACACAAGGAAAGGGAAAGGGUAAUUUAGGCAAUUCUGUUAAGUAG